AUGAAGGAACUGCAGGACUCUGCAGACCCAACCCAGCAGCAUUCUGAGCAGGGCUCGGGGUCAUACACCACUGUAUUGACUGAGAGGGAGGGCGGCGUUGCAACAGCGGCGGGGGGGGCAGAGGACAGACUGGACACAGAUGCACUGACCGGCAGAACUGCUGCAGCUGUAAGAGAAGCAGGAGAAGAUGUGAUAAUGAGAGUGAUGCUCCCGCAGCUCAUUGACAUUGCUGCCUCCAACCUGGCUUUCUUAGCAGUCACAGAGGCCACUGCCGCACCACAAAGACAUUUACUCACUAGAAAACAUCAGAAUAAGUCCUUGAUUGUCCUUCAAGAAUGA